AUGGUCAAGCCACGAGGGAAGGUCCCGCGCGAUUUAAAGGUCACAGGGCGCGACCUGUCGUUCAAGUCAGUGUGGCGCGAGCUGAAACAAGACGGGUGGACGAGAAAGCCACCACCACGCAGCAGCUUGGAUGACCGCUACAAGUACAUCCGUCCCGAAGGUCAUCCAAACGGCACAAUUGGUCUUAAUUACUUGUUGGGGGAGGCAGCCGUGCUUGACUUCUAUGCCGAUGUACUGCGAAGUCGCGCACGCAGAUCGAUUCCAUCCAGCCCCACCGUUGGCUGUACAUCUAGUACUCCCGGAAACGAUCGUCUAGCAGCACCGCAGGAAGUCGUUCGCCAGAGUUAUCUACCUGAUAUUGAAGCCGCUGAUGCAAGUGCAACAGCGGCUAAUCAGGGUGUUGGGACCGUGAAUGCUGCAGCUACCACAAAUGCAGAACCGCCUACUCCUCCAGAUUCUUCACUACCUCAGCGCGUUGCGACUCGCCUGCCUGCUCGGCGAUCGCUAGAGACGACUGAGACCUUCCGUGCCUCGCGAUCCUCCCUUAUACCAACUUCACCACACGUUGGAGAUGACUCAUUCAAGAUCGACAGUGAUGAUACUGCUCGUAACCCGGAGGCGGCCGAGGAUGACGCUUCGGUUGCUUCUGCUGAAGUUCAAGCUGGCGAUGAAGACAAUGAAGACGAGCUGGAUGCACUGGGAAGUGAGUUGCUCGCAGACAACAACGACGACUUGAAUGCUAUUGACUCGAAUGAAAGCGCUCACCAGUACGGAGGAAUUGAGUCGGGGGAUGAAGCCGAGAAAGAUGAUGUUGAUCUGGGUGAAUACGAUUCAGACCAAAGUGUAGAAGCGUACUGCGCUCCCGAUGAUCUCGUGGAUGAUGUGGAUGAGACGGAAGCUGAAAUUGCUGAAGAAGUUUUAUUUGCCGAGAAUUGUUUGGAGCGUUUUGGAGGAGCUGAUGAAGUUCUAGCAGGUAACCUGAAGGACUCAGUAUUGCGGAGCAUUACGGUAUCGCUACAAAUGGCGGAGAAGGCCAGAUCUGCGGUUGCAAGUUACUUCUCGUCUCACGAAAACAGCGAUGGGACUGAUGUGAACAAGUGGAGUGUUUCGGAGGACGAUACCGGAAGCAAACGUGAAUAUGGGAACCCAGCUCGAGAUCCGUUCGUCCGACAAUUCAUGCGCGGUCUAAAAAAGAAGAAAGCCUUGGAGUACGUUCCCGCACGAGCUGUGCCCAUAUCGCUUCAGAUGCUGGACGUGCUGCACAAAUUUAUGGUCUCUGCACAGGAUGGUUUCACUGAAGACUGUCAGAUGUGGUUUAAAGCGGUGUCAUCCUUCGCCUUCGAUGGAAUGUGUCGUAUCAACGAGGUUCUCACUCUCAAAUGGAAGGACGUUUCCCUACGUCAAUUUCGCGCCAACGUCCUUGCUCCCGACGAGAUUAUCGAAUUUGGGACGUACACGCAUUUCAACAGAAAGAUUGAGGUAGAGGAGGGGCGAUCUUAUAAUCUGCACAAGCUGGCUGGCGAAGAAACAGCGAUGAAUGCUUACGAAUACUUGUCGAAUUGGGUCGCCUAUGCUACCGAGAAAAGAGGACACAAGUGGGUUGAUGAAGACUACGUUUUUCCUGUGCUUGUUGGUCUGAGCAAGAAAGCUAUUAAAAGUGGCAAAGGUUCCACAGGAUGCGAGAAGGUGACCGUUGGUUGGGGAAAGAAGAUGGGAGAGCAGAGCUUCAUCAAUCUUCUCAACUGCAUCGUCCAUUCUUAA